CGUACACUCAAAUCCCAGUUUGCUGUUCAAUUUCCAUGAGAUCGUCAUGAAACCGGUCCCUGUGAUAAUCGAUACUGAUCCCGGUGUCGACGAUAUAGUUGCAUUGUUGCUAGCCUUAGCGUCCCCAGAAAUAGAGAUUUUAGCCAUCAUUGUUUCUUUCGGGAAUACCGAUCUCGAGUCGUCCUUCCUGAAUGUGUUGAAGGCAUAUCAAGCUGUAGGAGAUCAUCUUGAGAGAUAUCCAGAUCAUGCGGCGCGUUUUCCGAACUUUUUUGCAUCCAUCAAGACCAUACUUGCUAGAGGGCGGGGUCAACCUCUGGCAGGUCAGAUAAUGGAUGCACAGUAUUUUCAUGGAAGGGAUGGACUCGGUGAUAUUUCUGAACGACAUCCCGAGCUGGGUCCCGCAAAUCAUACCAGUGGUCAUCCUCGUGUUCAGACGGCUCAGGAAUCAGGGUCUGACGUCUGCCUGUCGCUUAUGAACUCCCAUCUACCAUUGAGCAUAACAUACAUUGUCCUAGGGCCUUUGACUAACUUUGCAGUCUUGGUUCGUAAAGACCGAGAUCUGGUGGCUUCCAGGGUUGGCCGGGUCGUGUGCAUGGGGGGAGCUUUGGACGUCCCGGGGAACACAAGUCCCGUCGCAGAAUUCAAUUUCUUCGCAGACCCUUUUGCUGUCAAAGAAAUUCUCUGCCCAGCUGGAGAACCUCCAUUUCCGCUGGAACGUUUUCUACUCGUUCCGUUGGACAUUACGACAUCUCAUGCACUGCCUUUCCCUGUUUACAAGGAGAGGGUAGACGAUGCAUUCGCAGGGGUCUCAGUACCCUCUGUGUCUUCAAUGAAGUCCCCUUUGAUCCAUUUCACCUCUUCAUUUCUAAAACGGACAAGAGACGUAAUGCUUCGAUUCGGAAAGGAUGCAAUGGAAUUGCACGACAUCGUGGCAGUAUGGUGCGCAAUCAGCCAUCUCCCGUCUUCAGAGGUUUUGGCGUCGGGAUGGGUGGCCGAAAGGCGGAUAUUCGACAUUGAAAGAACAGGCGAGUUAACUCGUGGAAUGCUCGUUGUUGACAGACGAGAAGGCGAGUCCGCAGAUACCUUAGGCACCAACCGUGCUGAGGUGAAGCCUAUACCUACUCGUGUCGAGGUGGAAUCCCUUGAGCAGGCGUUGUCGGUGGGAAUGAGCAAGCCACCCGGAGUUCUUUGUGUGACUAAAACCCCUGGCCCGGAUGUGCUUCUCGAAUUACUGCUGAAGCGAAUCUGGGACGUAUAAGCUUAUGUGUGCAGCAAGUAGCACGCAAUGGCCGGACUCGAGGAGAUGCUGCUCUAAAUGAAUGCAGGUAGUGAUGAGGGAUAUCCUUGGACAACCUCGAUGUGUUUUUACUUCUGUUUUAGACUUUCUAUGUAUCGUUACUAAGAUUCGAAGUGAGCAAGCAGGCAGCGUGCGGUGCAUAUUUCUCCCAAAAAAAGAAGCUCCGCCCAGCUGGUGUAGGUAUGUACUGUAGGAGCACGAGCGCAGCCUGAGCGAGCAUUUGCGGUAAAUAAUCUAAUCCAAAGUACUACUGUAUGCCCG